AUGCAACAGACCGCUGCACUUCCUAAGCGGUUAUCCUGCGAUCGCUGCUACGCGCAGAAACUGCGGUGUCCGCGGCCAAGUACGAAUGACGAUGCAAGUUGCAUCCGAUGUUUAAGGCAGAAGGUGCAAUGCGUCUAUAGCACUGCUUUGCCCAAGGGUCGGCCCCGCGCUGCGGUCCGUGCUUGUGCUGCUGGAGCGGGAGCUACGGCUGGAGCUCCCCCUAUAACUACGACGACGACUACUGCUGCCCCGUCUAGCUCAGACACUGCCCCUCCCAUUUUCUCCACCGAGGAUCUGGCCUCGUUGACCGGUCUAUCCACUUCAGGGUGGCUUCCAGACCCAACUUGGGAGGAUAGUUUUUGUUUCCUAUCAUCCCAAGUUGUGCCGCAGCCGCCACCUCUUGAUACCACUCCGCCUCGUUCACUCUCCGCAUCAGGUUUAGACAACCCUGAAAAUUGCGUUGGGCGGCUUCCGGACUUAGCAACGCGUCUUCACGCCGUUUAUCAAACCACACGAGCGCUGUCUGAUCAUCCCCUCAUCACCAAUGCCGCGUUUGAAGCUGUUACCACACUCUUCAAUGCCCCCUUGUCACCUCCCAGCGCUACCACUACCGCCGCCACCACCAACCUCCGCGAAACAUUCACAUCCUCCCGUCAUCUCCUAGAAACCAUCUCUCACCUCCUCUGGACCACACCUAACAACAAUCCAUCAACUGCACCCGCUGCUGCGGCAGACGAAACAGUGAUAUACCACUUCACCAUAGCCUGCUACAGCCUUCUCCUCCUCAUAUAUGCUACCCUCCUUACCGCCCUCCACCGCGAUGCCCUAACUCACGCCCAACCGUCAUUGUCGACAACCACCACCACUACCGGCCCCGACAACAACACCAGCACAUGGUGCUCAGCCCCCUCCCUCGUCGAACUUCGCCUCGUCCUCCUCUUCCACAUGAUCACCUAUUUUCUGGAUCGCCUCCAGCAAAUGAUCAGGAUGUAUACCGCCGAGUUUGAAAAGCAGGCUUCCAACAGCACUACCGGAAGACGACCACCCACAAGCGGGAGAUGGAGCGAGGAAGUAGAGGAGAUGAUGGUGGUCGAAGAGCCUUGGGAGCGGGAGCAGCAUAUACCGCCCCCGCCUCCUCCCACCUCCUCUCUGGGCUCGAUCUCUGAGUUGGAGACCCAAGCUCGAGCGGCACUGAUGCAGUUGCGAAUGUCGUUGGUGGCUACAAGGGGUGGUUUGGUCGAUAACUAG